UGCCAAUACUUAAACUUUAUCUCAUCUGUUUCGCUAACUUAAAGAUUUUCAACGACAAAUAGUUUGUGAUUAAAGAUUUUUCGUUAACAGUUUGUAGAUUUGCAAGAAUAUAAUAGACUAUAUAAAAGUGGUUGUUUUACCGGCUUCUGGAUUUUAUCCUAUCAAGAGAUUUACUUGAUUAAAAAUGGCUACAACAGAAACUCACGUCCCCGAACAACAAAGGCGAUGGCAUAAUAUACGAAAAUUACUGGAACGAUCCGGCCCAUUUUGUCAUCCAGAUUUCGAGCCAUCGCCAGACAUAUUAGACUUUCUCAUGGAAUCAUGUAAGAUUUUGGUAGUUGGAGCUGGAGGACUUGGUUGUGAAUUGCUUAAAGAUUUAGCAUUAAUGGGGUUUAAAAAAAUUCACAUAGUGGAUAUGGACACCAUUGAAUUAUCAAAUUUAAACAGACAAUUUCUUUUUAGAAAGUCUGACAUAGGUUCAUCGAAAGCAAAAUGUGCAGUUGACUUUGUGAAUAAAAGAGUUCCAGGUUGUGAGGCAGUGGCACAUCAUUGUGCUAUUCAAGAUCUGGAUGAGGGCUUCUAUCGCCAAUUUCAUAUAAUUGUCUGUGGACUGGAUUCAAUUGUUGCAAGAAGAUGGCUUAAUGGAAUGCUCAUGAAUCUGUUGCAAUAUAAUGAUGAUAGGAGUCUUGAUCAAAGCAGUGUCAUUCCCUUAGUUGAUGGUGGUACCGAAGGAUUCAAAGGCAAUGCAAGAGUUAUUUUGCCAGGGUUAAGUGCUUGCAUAGAAUGCACUCUAGAUCUAUAUCCUCCACAAAAGACCUUUCCUUUAUGUACAAUAGCUAAUACACCAAGGUUGCCUGAACACUGCAUUGAGUAUGUCAAAGUAAUUCAGUGGCCUAAAGAAAAUCCGUGGGGUUCCUCAACUCUAUUAGAUGGGGAUGACCCCCAACAUGUUGGGUGGGUAUUUGAAAAGGCUCAAGAGAGAGCCAUGAAGCAUGGAAUCACCUCGGUUACGUAUAGACUUACUCAGGGUGUUCUGAAGAAUAUUAUACCAGCAGUGGCCAGUACUAAUGCUGCCAUAGCUGCUACAUGUGCAACUGAGGUGUUUAAACUAGCAUCUUCAUGUUGUACCAACAUGAAUAAUUAUAUGGUAUUGAACAUGGCGGAUGGAGUUUACACUUACACAUUUAAUGCUGAGAGAAAACCUGACUGUGUUGCCUGCAGUAACACAACGAGAGUAUUAGAUGUUGAGCCUGGUGCCAUUCUCAUGGACAUUUAUGAGAAGCUUAAAGAAGAUACAGGGUUUUUAAUGAAAAAUCCAGGUAUUACAACAGUUAUUAAUGGGCGAAAUAAGACUUUAUAUAUGCCUUCGAUCAAAAGCAUUGAAGAAAGAACUAGAGACAAUUUAAAGAAAAAAAUAACUGACUUGGGUCUUUAUAAUGGAGGAGAAAUAUUAGUUGCUGAUAUCACAACUCCAAACACUAUUUCGAUAAAAUUGAAAUUUAUUGAAAAUACAGAUGUUGAAAUGUCAAGAUAAAUAACACAUUAUUUAUUGAAACUUUAUUUAUCAUUAAAACAUUAUUAAACAAUU